CUGUAGCCCUUAAAAUGAAAAAAGAAAAGGAGUUUUGGCGGGAGUUCACUUUCAUUUUCGCACACAAAAAUAUUCUCACAGGCUGUAGGAGUAGGAUCAGCCCCCAAACAAACAGUCUCCACUUUCCACCUACAGAAAGAUUAGAAACCCUUGUUCAAAAUUCAAAUCCCACAUCUCCUCAAAGUCACUGAGAGAACCUGUUGGGGAGAGAGAGAGAGAGAAAGAGAGAGAUCAAUGGGUGGAGAGGAUGGUGCGAAAUUAAGCGUAGCGAAGAGGUCGUACCAGAGCGCCAAGGCGGAGGGUAAUCGGCAGGAGGAGGCCAGGUGGGCGAACGUGAUUGCAGACAUCCUCAAGCAAAGAGGCGAGUACGUCACCGCCCUCAAGUGGCUCCGCAUCGACUACCACGUUUCCAUCAAGUACUUGCCUGAGAAGCACUUGCUGCCCACCUGUCAGUCCCUCGGCGAACUCUAUCUUCGCCUCGAGGACUUCAAUCACGCCCUCAUUUAUCAGAAAAAACAUUUAGAGCUUGCCAAGGAUGCCAAUGAUCUUGUUGAGCAGCAACGGGCCAGCACCCAACUGGGUCGUACUUAUCAUGAAAUGUUUUUGAGAUCCGAGGUUGACCAUUUGUCUGUUCGGAAUGCUAAAAAGUAUUACAAGUCUGCCAUGAAGCUUGCGGAGACUCUUAAGAGGAAUCCGCCUGAUAAGGAUAGCAAAUUCCUCAAGGAAUAUGUUGAUGCACAUAAUAAUCUAGGUUUGGUUGAAAUGGAUCUUGAUAACUUUGAAGAGGCCUUGAAAAUAUUAAGUGUAGGAUUAAAGAUUUGUGAUGAGGAAGAGGUGGAUGAAAAUGAUGAUGGGCGCAGCAGGCUGUACCACAACCUUGGAAAAGUUUACAUGGACCUCAGGAUGUGGGUUAAAGCUCGGGAGAACAUUGAGAAGGACAUAAUGAUCUGUAAGAAAAUUGGGCAUUGCCAAGGGGAGGCAAAAGGGUACAUCAACCUUGGUGAAUUGCAUUAUAGGGUUCAAAGGUAUGAGGAGGCACUUCGUUGCUACCAGAGAGGACUUGAUCUGGCAAAUUCCAUGGAAGAUGAGGAUGCUUUGGUUAGGCAAAUUGAUGAUAAUAUUGAAAUUGUUAAAGAAGCUAUUAAAGUGAUGGAUGACCUGAAGAAAGAAGAGCAGAAUCUUAAGAAGUUGACAAGAGACAUGGUCGUUGCAAGAGGAACUCCACGCGAGAGGAAGUGUUUGUUGAAACAGUAUGCAUCUCUUGAUUGCCUCGCAGAGAAAUCAAGAUCGAUAUUUGAUUGGUUGAAGCUUUGUGAAUAUGCGAAAAGGAAGAAGAGAGUUGCAAGUGAACUAUGUGACAAGGAAAAGCUGAGUGAUUCACUUCUCGAUAUUGGAGAAUCAUACCAGAAGCUCAGAAAAUUUGACAGAUCCAUUAAAUGGUACAAGAAGAGUUGGGAAAUAUACAAGUCAAUUGGCAACUUGGAGGGGCAAGCAUUAGCAAAAAUAAACAUUGGUUAUAUUUUGGACAGCGAUGGUAAUUAUACUGGAGCACUAGAUGCAUUUGAAGAGAGCUACAGGAUUGCCAUUGAAGCUAACCUUCCUUCUGUACAGCUUUCUGCACUAGAGAAUAUGCACUAUAGCCACAUGAUAAGAUUUGAUAAUGGUGAAGAGGCCAGGAGAUUGCAGCUUUUAAUUGACAAAUUGAAGAAGUCAAAAGAUAAAGAGCUUGAAGCACAUAAUGUAGCAGAGGAUUGCUGCUCUGAAACUUACACAGAAGGGAACUAUCAUUCGUCAGAAAGUAGGUCUGAUGCAUGCUGCUCCCCAGACAUGAGUAAAUUGAAUUCUAGCAGAUCAAAUUCUGUAGCCAGUGUAGAAGAGUUGAAUGAUGAUGUACCUCUGAUUUCUCUGCUUCGGUCCUCAAAAAAUUCGCCCAAAAUGAAAGCAGCUCAGUCAGAAAAGCACAAUAUUUCUACUCAGCCAGCUAAAGUUCUACCAAAAAGUUUGUCUAUAUCAACCAGCAAUCAACAGACAGGUGUUGGUCGUAAACGUGCUCGUGUCAUCCUUUCUGAUGAUGAAAGUGAAGUGCCAUAUGAGGUGGAGCGCUCAAAAGGAAGGCCUGAUAAGUGUCCAGUAGAGGCUGUUACUACAUCUGAUGAAUUUAAGAGUCAAAGUAAUUCAGCAAGUCAUGAUUGCAAAUCUCAGGAGGUCUCAGCAACUGCCUCCAAAUGUGCCACCAGGUCCUGCAAUCCCGUUAAUAUUGAUGAAAGUGCUGGUUCAUACAAAUCAAAGAGUCCUAAUGUAGCCACCCCAAAUGGCAAACUGUUCAGAUCUUCAAGUAGUGCUGAAGUUUUGAUUGCAUCUGAUUUUGCUGCGUCUGGGUUUAAAUGUGAUAUUGAUCUCUCUGGAAACCUAUUGCCUAAACAUGAUGCUUCCAAUCUCAAGUUGCACACUUCUUGUGACGAACAUGAUCAUAUUAUUUGCAAGAUUGACAAGGACCUGAUAUAUUUAGAAUCAAGCUUAUGCAUGGAUGGUGAUAAUUUGAGCACUGAGGCCAUGAAGGUUGAACUUGCAUGCCUAUACUACUUACAACUUCCCAGUGAAAAGAGAUCAGAGGGUCUUUUGCCCAUAAUUCAGCAAAUGAAAUGUGGUGGAAGAGUUUUAGAAUCCUUGGAAAAAAUUGAUACUCUUAGGGAUCAUUUGGGAAAAGUCUUGCUUGAAGCAUUCAUCGAUGGCUGGGUUCAAAAGCCUCUGAUAAAGCUGUACAUUGACAGCUGCAAUGAGUUAUCCGAGGCACCUAACACGAGGCUGCUGAAGAAACUAUACAAUAAUAGAAUGGAGGUUUCAGAUGAUGAAGUGAUUGUGUCUGAAUGUGAAUUGCAAGAUUUAUCAAUAACUCCAUUGUUGAAUGCACUGCAUGCCCACAAAACAUUUGCAGUGCUUGACUUUUCUCACAAUUUGUUGGGAAAUAGAACAAUAGAGAAACUUCAACAAGUAUUUGCAUCAGGUCAAAAUUAUGGUGGCUUAACUUUGGAUCUGCAUUGCAAUCGAUUUGGUCCAACUGCUUUGUUUCAGAUUUGUGAAUGCCCUGUGCUAUUUGCUCGACUUGAAGUGUUAAAUAUCUCUGGAAACCGUCUUACUGAUGCUUGUGGAUCUUAUCUUUCCACUAUUUUGGAAAACUGCAAGGGCCUUUGUAGCUUGAAUAUAGAGCACUGUUCAAUCACAUCUAGAACAAUUCAAAAGGUUGCUGAUGGACUGAGUGCUGGAUCUGUGCUUGAACAACUUUGUAUAGGAUAUAAUGACCCUAUUUCAGGAAAUGCCAUAACCAAUCUGCUGGGCAAGCUUGCCACUUUGAAAAGGUUUUCAGAACUGAAUCUGAAUGGUUUAAAGCUAAGCAAGCCCGUUAUUGAUAGCCUUUGCCAGCUUGCUCGAACUAGAUGUUUGUCAGGAUUGAUGCUCGAGGGCUCCAGUAUUGGAACUGAUGGGGCAUUGCAAUUAACUGAAUCAUUGUUCAAUGGGAUUCAAGACUUUGUCAAGCUUGACUUUUCAUAUUGUGGACUGACAUCUAAAUAUCCUCUUGGACUUAACAAUGAUAUCAUGUGUAGCAUUGUUGAGCUGAACCUUGCAGGAAAUCCUAUUUUGCUAGAGGGUGCCAAUGCAUUAUCGUCACUGCUUCUUAACCCUCAAUGUUGCCUAAAAGUUUUGAUUCUUAACAAGUGUCAGUUUGGGCUUGCUGGAGUUCUUCAGAUAGUUCAAGCACUAGCAGCAGGAAAUGACUCUCUUCAAAGGCUCCAUCUUGCUGAUAAUAUUGACCAGGGUAAACACUAUAGUCUACAACAUGACAUAAUUGGACAGGGGUGCCCAGAAAUCUUAAAGCAAGAACUCAACAUGUAUGAAUCUUCCCCAAAGGUGUAUGUAACCAAAGAAGUGGACAAUGCUGAGCCUCUUCUAUGUGCUAUGAACAAUGAAUGCAAUCAACUUGAAGUUGCUGAUAGUGAAGAUGCUUCAAAUAGAGUAGAAACAGCUGCAUCUACUGGAAUUGAUGACAGUUGUGCAAGCUCAUGUCAAAGAAACAUUUUAUCUCCCUACUGCCAGUUUAUUCAAGAGCUUUCAACUGCCAUUCAUAUGGCAAAGAACUUAUGCUUACUGGAUCUUAGCAAUAAUGGCUUAUCAACAAAGGCUGCAGAAACGUUGUACACUGCAUGGUCGAGUUUAAGACCUAGUUCUGUUGAGAGGCACAUUGAGGACCAGACAAUCCAUUUAUUUGUGAAGGGAAAUAAGUGUUGCAAUGUUAAACCUUGCUGCAAGAAAAAUUAGUUCCCCUUCCUCCUCCUUGCCCUUGGAGCUUCUUCCAAAGGAAUUCAGAUUCACGGAAGCAGUUAUCCAUAAGUUAUUGAGAAAUGUGUAGUGUCCUUACUACCAUAUGGUGAAUUGUCAGUUAAUGGAACUGGGGUUCGCUUCUGUAUAGUACCUACUACACGUUUGAUUUAUAAAUUAUUUAAUGUUUGGUUAUGGUGGUUUCUUUA